AUGGCAGCACAUGGCAAGCUAUAUACCAAAAAUAAGUUGAGUAAAUGGGGAAUGCAAGUUGACCAGGAGUGUGUACUGUGUACAAAAGAGCAUGAAACUGUUCAACACCUAUUCUUUAAGUGUUCCUAUGCAGCUAAAUUGUGGGGCAAUCUGUUACAAUGGCAAGGUAUAAGGAGAGCAGUAUAUGGAUGGACUGAGGAGUUAGCAUGGGCUGAAAAAUGGGUGAAGAGACAAAAUGCAAACACUGAGCUGUUCAAGAUGGCAUUGGAAGCAUGCGUAUACCAUGUAUGGCAGGAAAGAAAUGCCAGGAUAUUCAAAGAGAAGGCCAGAAAAUGGGAGAUACUGGGCAAACGGAUUAUACAGGAGUUACACUGUCGAAGCAACAAACAAGUAGAGAAAGCACUAUGUAGAUUAGACUGGUAUUCAAUGUAA